AUGAAGAACUCAAAGAAAAAUGCGUGCCCAAAUUGCGGCCACACAAAUUUUACAGUGGACAGAUAUACGGCAGCGGGAGAUAUUUCAUGUUCAAGAUGUGGAACAGUCCAGGUGGAAAACCCGAUUGUUAGUGAGGUACAGUUCGGGGAAUCGUCAUCGGGAGCGGCGAUGGUCCAGGGGGCUAUGGUUGGUGCAGAUCAAGCUAGAGCUACGUUUAACGGCAGACAAAAUGCGAUGGAAAGUAGGGAACAAACGUUAGCGAACGGAAAAAAGAAGAUUAGAAGGAUUGCAACAGCUUUAAAAAUACCCGAUUAUAUUGCAGAUGCAGCAGGUGCAUGGUUCAGAUUAGCAUUAACCAACAAUUUUGUUCAGGGUAGGAGAUCGCAGAAUGUUCUUGCAGCUUGUUUGUAUGUUGCAUGUAGAAAGGAAAAAACGCAUCAUAUGUUGAUAGACUUUAGUUCACGUUUGCAAAUUUCAGUAUAUUCGUUAGGUGCAACAUUUUUGAAGAUGGUUAAAACGUUACAUAUAACGUCGUUGCCGUUGGCAGACCCGUCCCUUUUCAUUCAACAUUUCGCUGAGAAACUAAACUUUCGUGAUCAAAACAGUAAAGUUAUUAAGGAUGCAGUGAAGUUAGCGCAGAGAAUGGCAAAUGAUUGGAUCCAUGAAGGUAGACGUCCUGCAGGGGUGGCAGGGGCUUGUGUUUUAUUAGCAGCUAGAAUGAAUAAUUUCAGAAGAACACAUGCGGAAAUAGUUGCAGUAGCGCAUGUUGCAGAAGAAACUUUGCAACGUAGAUUGAAUGAAUUCAAGAAGACCAAAUCUGGUGAGUUGACAGUUGAAUCAUUUAGGGAGUCCCUAGAUACCGAAGUUUCCAAUCCGCCAUCAUUUGAUAGAAAUCGUGAUUUGGAGUUGAAGUUAGCCAAACAAUUAAAAGAUAAAGAAGCCGCAUUAAAGAAGUUUGAAGAAUUAGCUAAAAGUAGGGACAACACACCCGAUUAUGACAGUGACGAUGUCUCUGAGGAAGGAUCAACAAGAAAGCAAGACUUACAGGAUAUAAUAGAAGAUAGUCGACUCAAAAAUCAGCAAUCUAAAAAGGAUAAACUUUUGAAGACAAUUUUGAAGGAUUGCGAUUUACUGGAAAAUGAAAUAUCAGAGCAAUUAGCCAGAAUUAUUCAAAAUCAAAAAAAAAGCUUACAAAACUCCAUGUAUAUGAUACCAUCCGAAUUACAAAGAACUACAGACGAAGAAGAAAAAAUUGAUCUAGACAAACCUCGUAAUUUGGUAAAGAAUUUACCCAAGACCCAGGACUUACUAUCCAAGAUAUCGUCAGACCCUAAGGAAUUCGACGACCUUGAUGAUUCAGAAUUGGAUCAUUUCUUAUUGACAGAGGAUGAAUAUAAACUCAAAGAAAGGUUAUGGACCGGUUUAAACCACGACUUUAUUGUUGCCCAGGAGAAGAAGCGCUUAAAACAAGAAACAGAUGAGUUAACUGGUAAUACCUCAGGUGCAAAUCGCAAGAAACGUCGCCAAGGCAAAAAUUCAGGCGUCGAAGGUAUUGACGGUGAUUUUGUUAAUGAAAUGGGUAUUAAUGAUGCGUUAACAGGCAUAGGUGUUGACGAAGCCACCGGUGAACCAUUAACUGCGGCUGAUAGCGCAAAAAGAAUGCUUUCAAAGAAGUCAUUCUCGAAGAAGAUCAACUAUGCAACACUUGGUGAUUUGUUUGAUGAUAAUAAGGCUGGUAAAAUUGGGAUAUAG